AUGUCCUACGCUGAAACUCUUGCAGCAAAACUCCUCGAUGCACAAAAUAAAGUCAGAACUAACCCAUUAGAGGCUCUUCAGAGUGUUUUAGAGGAAAUGCCAGUUCGUGAAAAGAAGGCAAAUCCGGAAGGCAAGAAAGGCGAGGAAGGCGCUAAGUUAUUCAAGGAUGCCAAGGACGCCGCUGCCAAGAACGUUCUUACAAUUGUCACAUCAAUCGAGAAAAGCAAGCUUGCCGCCACAAUCAAAGGUCUUACAGAUGAAGAACGUGAUACACUUAUGAAAUUUGUUUACCGCGGCUUCCAAGAAGAAUACGAUCACAUGUACCUUCUUACGAUCCAUGAAGAAAUCUGCAAGGUCUCUAAUCUUGGUCCUAUCAUCCGCUCUAUCCACACUCGCCUUGAAGUUUAA